AACACUACCAUACACCACACCACCACUAACAUACACCACACCAACACUACCAUACACCACACCAACACUACCAUACACCACACCAACACCACCAUACACCACCACACUAACAGUACCAUACACCACACCAACACUAACAUAUACCACACUAACAGUACCAUACACCACACUAACAGUACCAUACACCACACCAACACUACCAUACACCACACUAACAGUACCAUACACAACACCAACACUACCAUAUACCACACUAACAGUACCAUACACCACACCAACACUAACAUAUACCACACUAACAGUACCAUACACCACACUAACAGUACCAUACACCACACCAACACUACCAUACACUGCACCAACACUACCAUACACCACACCAACACUACCAUACACCACACUAACAGUACCAUACAUCACACCAACACUAACAUAUACCACACUAACAGUACCAUACACCACACUAACAGUACCAUACACCACACUAACACUAACAUACACCACACUAACACUAACAUACACCGCACUAACAGUACCAAACACCACACCAACACUACCAUACACCACACUAACAGUACCAUACACAACACCAACACUAACAUAUACCACACUAACAGUACCAUACACCACACCAACACUACCAUACAC